AUGAUCAAUUCCGACUUCGAAUUCGCCUUCAUCUCUCGCCGGCUUCAAGCAAACUCCCUUACCCACUUGCUGGGUUACUUAACUGUGCAAAUGUUGCCAUCCUCCGUUCGCCGGGCCGUGUGGACGCCCAUUGUGCCUAUUUCCGGCAUCUCUCGAACCUCCAGUCAAGCUCUAGCCUCGUCUUCAAAUGGCCUCUUGGGCACCACCGAACAUGUUCGUCAGCGCCGAUACUCCUCCUCUUCCUCAAAGCCCAGCGAUGGUUCAAGGAACAUCGAUGCCUCUUCUCAGACACCGGCAAAGGGCGUGAACUCUGGGGAUAAGCGUGAAGGGAAAUCUUCGAAGCGGAGGGGAAAGGAUGGCCGGAAUGGCUCCAAGUCCAAUCAGCAUGCUGCUUUCUCGAGAUUGCCUAGUGUCCCCUCAACACAACAUCUACAGCCACACGAUGUCCAUGUUGCGUCAUUUUUCUCCAUUCAUCGACCUAUUUCCGUCUCUACCACUGUACCUCCACCCUCCAGCGCCGAGGCCUUUGAUGCCAUCUUCACCGCGAAGAAGCCCUCCAAGCCCGACACCGCCGAUGUGAUUCUUACACUUUCCUCCGCCGUUCAUAACAUGGAGAACGCGGCGUACAACCUCGGCGAGCAAGAAGACCAGAUGAACAUCCUCAGUCGGGGCUUCAAUGAGGCGGAGGGUCUCGACGGAAUGAAUAUGUCCGAAUUGCGAAUCUCUAUCGAAGAACUCACCAAACGCCUGCGUCCCUUCCAACCCCCGCCACCUCCAGUCCCCUACGACGAGGCCAAGGAUGCCAGCGCCGCCGAAGAGACCUCCAGCUUCUCGACUGUUCUGACCAUCCACGAGUCCACGUAUCCAGACGGCCGCAGGACAUACCAAGCCCAUGCUUCCCCAUUCGUCCCCACGCAGGACCUGGAGGCUCCCGGAGCCGGGGAGAAUGAUUCUAUCAUCGACAUUCCCCACGGUUCGGAAAACUCGUACAUCGAGCGCCUGCGCGACAACAACACCAUGCAUGCCAUCAGCACCAGGAGACGGCGCAAGCUGAAGAUGAAGAAGCACAAGUUCAAGAAGCUGCUGCGCAGGACGAGAACUCUGCGACGCAAGCUGGACAAGGCUUAA